AUGUUCUCAAUGAUGCAUGGGGCAGACAAUUCUCCGAGGACGAGUUCCCCAUUCGGAUUUGAUUCGUCUUCAUCACGAUUCAGUGCUCCUAUUACACCCGACAUCGACGACGAGCAUUCUAUCUACACGUCACCCACGCCGGUCAGUCGGAGCUUGAAAGCAGACAAUGUGAAGGAAAUCUACUUCAAGGCACAUGUUGAGGAGAUGCUUGAAGUGAACAAGAAGGAGUUGGAGGAAGGUAAGAGCUCUUUGAACGUUAGCGCUAAAAUUAUCGAAAAAACUUCUCACGAUUCUUUUGUCACUGAGAUUAAUGUAAUAAUAAUAAUGUGA